AUGCGUUUCCUGAAUACUGCUGGUAUUUUAUUGGCACUGACCUGUGGCUUAGUUGCCAGCCACUACAUUUCUCAUGGUGAUGAUGGUGGUCAUAGCGGCUAUGGUGGUCAUGGCAAGGAAGUUGGCUACUCAGUAGUUACUGAACAUGGUCAUGGUGGUGGUCAUGAUGGAGGUCAUGCUGGUCAACAUGAUGGAGGUUAUGAUGGUGGUCAUCACAGUGUCCACGACUGGUCCCACGGUGGAGAUGAGGCUCAUGGUCAUUAUGCUGUUGGUCAUGACGAUGGUCAUUAUGAUCAUCAUCAAGAUGAUGGUCACUAUGAAGGUCAUGAUGAUGAAGGCCAUGAUCAUCAUGCUUAUCCCAAAUACGAAUUUAAUUAUGGCGUUAAGGAUACAAAAACUGGGGAUAUUAAAAGUCAUUCGGAAUCCCGUGAUGGUGGUCAUGUUAAGGGCAGCUACAGCCUUAAAGAAGCUGAUGGCACCACCCGUGUUGUAGAGUACACGGCCGAUAAACACAAAGGAUUCAAUGCUGUUGUUCAUACUUUGGGUCAUGAUGCUCAUAACUAUGGCCAUGGUGAUCAUUAUGGGCAUGGUCACGGCCAUGCUUCUAGUUAUACUAUUGUUAAGAAGCAGGAAGAAAAAAAGUAUUAA